AACAACAACAUGGCGGCAGAAACAUGAGAUGAGGUAAUGAGGAAGAAAACCCGGAAAAAAUGUCAUUUUUAAAACGAUUUCUACACAGUCAACCAGAAACAUCAAGAACCAGCACUCCUCCUAGUGAGAAAUGUCAAGAAACUAGCGUGAAGUCCAAGAGCUCACCACAAGAUCCUGCUUUCAUGACUUCUGAUUCCCAUGAUGAACUGUCAUUGUUCAGUGGCAUGACGUUCAGCUCACAGACAUCCUCUGGUGGUGAUGUCCUUGACGACGUCCUUGACGAGUCUACAGGCAAUGAACGGGAAAUACAAGAAUCACAAGAGUUAAAAGAAAUAUUUGAAAAACUGGAAAUGACAAAAGGUGAUGAAGAGAUCAAAGAAAGUAAACUCAGUCCUCAGAAUAAAGAAGAGAACAAAGACACACUAGACACACCAGAAAAAGAACAUCAGCGUGAAACCCAAACAACGCCUACAAACUUGUCUGGUCAGCAAGGCAAAAAGAAAAAGAAAACACAAGCAAAAAGACCUGGUUAUGCUAGAGACAGUCAAAACAUUAGUCAUCCUCAGCCCAAAGGAACAGUAGGGGAACAAACUACAUUAGAUCAUACAACUGCCAUACAAAAGACACCAGAAAUACCUUUUGAGGAUUUGUCCAAGAUAGACAAGGCAGAUGAAGUAUCUGACUUACAAUCUGAUUUACGACCAAGAGAUGAAGCAGAACAUGGGACACUUAAACAACGAAUAGACAAAGAUGUCAAUCCAAUCGUAGACAAAGGUGAAGAAAAGCCAGGAGCAGAAGACCAUGAAACAGUUUCAAAGCAAGGCAUUCUAAACCUUUAUUCAAUUGAAACUCCAGCAUCUUCUGAGGAAAAUCUGGCUGAAGUUGAACAAGAACAACAAGAACAUGGUUUUAGAGCAAAAACACCAGAAAACAUCCAGGAGAAGCCAGAACUGAAGGAAGAUGAAGACAAUACAAGUAACAAAACGGAAGCUAUUCCAGACUUCCAAAAAGUCCUUGAAUCAACUAAGAAAUCUGAGGACAUUGCGCAGAAAAAUUCUAGUGACAAAGAUGGUGUUGUUCCAAAAGAAAAUAUCACACUUGCUGAAUUAAACGAGGAAAAGUAUGGAACAUCCUUUGAGGAUAAACAAGGAAUUUCAAAAGAAGACAGUGAGAAGGAAGAAGAUCAAACAUAUAAUUUACAGCUUGAUGCCGAAGACAGAUGCUCUCUAUUUGAGCAGGAUAUGCAGUUUAGAAUUUCAAAUUUAAGGGACGAAGAAAAAGUUCUCCAAGAGCUUGAAAAUAAACUGCUUCAGAAUUACUCUACCUCAGGUAGUGUCUAUCUUGACAAAGAGAAAGAGCUGGAACACUUGACCCAAGAAGAGAGCAAUGCUCUUGCUAACGACAACUAUGAUCUGGCUGAAGAAUUGAGCAUCAAAAUCGAGGAACUGAAAGAAUGUCUCGAAAAAGCAAAAUACAAACUCCCUGCCGUUGACAUCAAGGUACAGAAAGCCCUUCAACUGAGAUCUGAGUUAUCCCUCAAAAGAUUAUCGAUCUUACGCGACGCACAAGUCAGUUUAGAGGAAGUCAGAGAAGAACAAGCUUCGUCACUUGACGCCUUCAAUGAAGAAAACAAUACCAGAAUAUCUAAAGAAAAACAAAAUUUGAACUCAGAAAGACUGCGACUGGACCGCGCACGCGCGCACCUUCAACUCGAUACGGAACACUUGGACAAGGAAGAGAUGAUGUUAGAAGAGGAAGUACAACAAAGAACAGAAGAGUUCGUUCAAAAAAAGCAAUUACUUAUAGAAGAAAGAGAAAAAAUAAAGGCUGAUAUCGCAGAAGUCGAAAAGAGGUUAGAACAGUUGCGUGUGAGUGAAACACAGUGUAACAAAAGCAUCGAGGCAGAGGAACUAAAGAUCAAGGAAAUCAUAGACGAAUUUUCACCACAAAAGGAACCACUGCAUAAACAGAGAAAAGAACUUGAAGAUCAACAGAGUUCACUAAAUACUGAUCAGGAAUCCUUGAAUUUGGCCCAAAAAAGAUUCAAUAAGUUGGUGAAGUCGUGGAGUGAUAGAAAAGAAAGGUCAACAGAAUUCCUGAAUAGCCUACAAGCAACCAUCAGCAAUAACAUAUCAUCUAUUGAUGUUCUUGAGAAGCAGCGAGGAGAAAUUGAAGACUUUCUUUGCUUGAAACAUCUUUCUUUCACUCAAGAUACUACAUUGGAUAAGCUUCGAUCAUCAUUUAAACAAACAAAUCAACAAAUUAAAUCCUUGACAAGCAAAAUAACCUUAUCAGAUAGAAACGUAACAAGUCUUAGAAAGAGAGUGACUGAAAUCGAGGAUCAGAUCUCGGACAGAAACRAGGCAAAGGACAUCGCAAAGAAAGAGAGGAACUUCAAGGAAGCGAAAAGGCUGAAGGAGGAGAGUGAAGGUUUAAAAGCUGAGGGGAUCCAAAGCCAAGAAAAACUUGAGCGGCUUCUCGAGGAGCUGAAUCAAGACACAGUCUUAUUGCAGACCAAAGAAAAGGAAUUUAUAAAAAUAAAAGAAGAACUCGAAGAGAUUGAAUACGAAUCAGAUUUGAAGCUAGUGAAUUCUGCUGCAAAGGUGGUUAAGGGAUUACAACAACAAAUAACCAGAUACGCCGACAAUGAGUUUCUUCACUCGCUACUAACUGCUGAGAUAGCGACUUGUCAGAACUUAAUCAACGAGUUGUGCUCCAAGCACAGCAUAUCUAAACCUUUAAUAGAUGAGCCACAACCACAAGAUGACGCUUUGGAUAAUGAUGAGAUAGAGAAGAUCGAUAAAGAGGUGGAUAAAACAUCUUGCAGUGAUCGAGGUGUAGCAGCGGAUGGGGAAUCCAAUCAAGUCACAGAGACAGAAGAAAACAAGGAAGAUCUUCUUAAUCAACUAGAUGAGCUUGAGGGAAAACUGGAGGCAGUKGUCGAUAUGGAAGAUUUUGACGAAGCAGAUCGAAUUCAGCAAGAAAUAGUUCAACUCAAAUCAAAGYUUGAAGAAAGGAGCUAGCAACGAAAAGACAGACUCCAACCCGGAAUAUUAACACCAACCGUAAAUCCGACGUUAUUCAGUGAGAGAAAGCCACCAUCCAAUAGGAAAUGAAACAAAAAAGRAAACAAAAUUACAGGCCUGAGAAAUCACUUCGUUUUCGACUGUCAAGCAACGCGUAUACUGAAGGAAACUGAAAGAUUCAUCGCAGUUGCUCUCAUGCAAGUUUAUCUAUGUUUAUUUCAGUGAUCGCCGUUGAAAUAGACAAAUAGACUGUCAGCGGUCCCUCUUCCCCACCCUUCCUGGCAGAGUAGCGUCCGGUAUCAAUCUACAAUCAAUACAAUCUACCAAGAGCCCACGUUCCUAUUGGUCAUUACUGAGAAACAAGAGGUGCUGACCAAGAGGCACGUGGGCUCUGUGUACGAGAUUGGUCCGGAAUGAAAGAAUCCGACUCGACUGGAUUUGGUACGAUAAUCACACUGGCCUUAUUACUGGGUUGUCUGUGGCAGCUCAGUCUAAAAAUACGUUGCGUUUCUUCGUAUUUUCCUGCGUCAGAAAAUGCCAAAAUUACACAAUAGUACCCAAGGGUUUUCAGCCACUGCCGAAGAGUCCUUUGCGGACAUAUGAUACAGAGAUCCCGUGUAAAGUCUGAUUUAUAUUCAAGUGAAAAUUACCAAUAAAUGUGUAAUUUAUCAAA